AUGAAGACCACCUCCGUCAUCACCCUCAUCCUAGGGGCCGGCGCCGCCGUCAACGCAGCCGCCAUCGCCAACGCCGAGGCCUCCACCCUCGAGGCGCGCCAGUGGUGUCCCCGCCGCGGCCAGCCCUGCUGGAAGGUCAAGCGGGCGGUCGAAGCCUUCGCCUCGGCCAUGCACGGCAACGAGGCCCGCGACGUCGCCACCACGACGUCGCCGUCCGACGGCCACCUGACGGCGCGCGACCUGUCGCACCUCCCCGGCGGCGCCGCCUACGAGGCCAAGCGCUCCGUCAACGCCCUGGCGGCCCUGCUGGCCUCGACCCAGUACGACCCCGAGGCCUUCUACAACGACCUCUACCUCGACCGCUACUUUGACCCCGACACCAGCGUCGACGCCAAGGCCGUCGACGAGAAGCCCGACGACGACGCAGCCGCCUCCAAGACCGAGAAGCGCGACGACCAACAAGGCAGCCACCACCUCGAGGCCCGCCAGUGGUGCCCUCGCCGCGGCCAGCCGUGCUGGAAGCGCGACGUCGAGCACGACAAGCGCCACUGCAACGAGGCGGGCGAGGCGUGCGACGUGGCCAAGCGGGCCGUCGGAGCUCUCCUCUCCGCCGUCGAGGGCAGCGAGGCCGACCUGGCCAAGCGGCAGUGGUGCCCACGCCGGGGCCAGCCGUGCUGGAAGCGCGACAAUGUGUUUGAGCCCGUGGCGCUGGGCCGCCGCGACGUGUCGGACGCCGAGGCCGACGUGCUCACCAAGCGCCAGUGGUGCCCGCGCCGAGGCCAGCCGUGCUGGAAGCGGUCCGAGAUCAGCGGCCUCGAGGCCCGCUGCUACGGCCCCGCCGGCGAGUGCACAAAGGCCCAGCGCGACCUCAACGCCAUCCACUUGGCUGCCAGGGAUGUUCUCGCCUCGCUCGAGUAA